ACUUUUCAUUUAAAGUACUAAGUAUUAUUAUUAUGAACAGAAUCAACAGUUGAAUUAUGAGUGAAUACCAAAAUUAUCCAUUCAAAUUAUACAUUCAAGACAUAUUUCGCGCAAAAAACACUGAACACAAAUAUGUUUAUGAAAUGUUCGGCUCGAAAUUUAAAAACGUUAUGAUACAAGGAGUCGUAACCUCCGUUUACAACAGUACAAAUACAACGACGAACUUUGAACUGACGGACGCGACUGGAACCGUGCAAGCUUAUUACGAUUUAACGAAAAACAAUUCAAAUCUCUCUGAAAACAUGCUAAAGGACUUAAAUGAAAAUUUCGAAGAAAGAUCACGAUCUGGAGACGAGAACCUCUGCACGAUGGCAUUCCUCAUGGAACGUUUGCUUCGAAAAAAUAAAUUCGAUUUUUUCGAGGGAAAUUAUUUAUCAGUUAUUGGUGAUAUUUUUGUUGAUGAUAAAAACACUAGAAUGAUUUCGGCGUACGAAUGUAAAAUUAACAAUAUUGAGAGAGAUGUAAUUUGGAUGGAGGAACUUAGAUAUUUAUAUGAAAAGUUUUAUCUUUGGAGUAAAGAGCCGUGAUUUAAAACAUUGUUAUCAUUAAAUUAGUGUUGUCAUUUGAAGUUAUCAUUAAAAUAAAAGUAAACCAUUAUAAACAUUUUAAUUUAAGAGACAAUUUUUAAUUAA